UACAAGGAAAGGAAAGAGAUAAUCGAGAGAGGGAGAAUCUCACCAAUGGCGAACUUCUAUAGCGGUGUUCUAAUCUUCUCUGUGUUGCUCAUCUCACUAUGGACGGUGACUCCGGUGCUGUCCCAUAGUGAGUUGGACUACGGACGCCGGGCGAAGAAUGAGAAAACGCCAAAUGAUGGCAAUGAUAUGAGCAAGGAAAUUGGAAAAGGGGAAGAGCAACAUGUAAACCAGGAAGCAGCUGACGCUGCUGUUGUCCUAAAGACCAAAGAAGAAAUUGCUAAACGUACAGCAGAACACAUACAAAGUACCAUUGGAAGUUCACGAGUUGCAAUACAUGAAAAAGAGGAGUUACUAGAGAAAACAGCUGAGGUAAUGAGCCAUAUGGCAGGAGAGGUCUCAGAUCAACUCUCUAAAGUAGCAAAGGAACACACGAAGAUUGCUGUGGGUAGCAUUGCAACUGCACUCAAGUUUAAGCAAGAAGUCCUAAAGCAGGCUGCACAACGUGUGAAGGAUGUUUCAGAAGAUGUUCAUAUGGCGACUAAGGCAAAGCAGGAAAUCUUGCAAAACGUGGCCCAUGAUAUGGGCAAAGUUGCAGGAGACAUGGCAACCAGCAUGGCUAAGAUGGCUGAGGUUGCAGCAGGAGUGGCUGGUGGGGCAGCGGCAGGAGUAGCUACUGGAAUUGCUGGGGGUUUUGCUGGUGGUGCUCGGGUUCAUGUAUCUGGAGGAAUACAUGCAAAUAUUCAUAUUAGUGCUAGCGCAAGUGCCCAUGCUAAAGCUAGUGCAGCUGCAAGUGCUGGGGUUGGAGCUAAAGCGAGUAAAAGUGUCAGUGGCAAUGUAGGCAACAACGCAGAAGAAUAUGCAGGUGCCAACGGUAAUGUCCAUGGAAAAGCAAAAGCUGGUAUCAGUGCUGGUUUUGGUAUCUCCGCGGGUGCUAAAGUUGCUGCUGGCAUAGGAGCGAAUGCUGGAGUUGGCGGUGAUGCACAGACAAAUGCAAAAGCCGGUGUAGGUGCUGGUAUUGGUAUAUCUGGAGGCGCCAAAGUUGCUGGUGGCAUUGGAGCGAAGGCGGGAGUUGGUGCUGAUGCGAAUGCAAAUGCAAAAGCCGGUAUAGGUGCUGGUGUUGGUAUCUCGGGAGGUGCUAAAGUUGGCGCUGACAUCGGAGCGAAGGCAGGAGUUGGUGGUAACGCCAAUGCAAAAGCCGGUGUCGGUGCUGGUGUUGGUAUCUCGGGAGGCGCUAAAGUUGGCGCUAAGAUUGGAGCGAAGGCGGGAGUUGGUGGUGACGUGAAUGCAAAAGCUGGUAUAGGUGCUGGAGUUGGUAUCUCAGGAGACACUAAACUUGGCGCUGACAUUGGAGCGAAGGCGGGAGUUGGUGCUGAUGCAAAUGCAAAUGCAAAAGCCGGUAUAGGUGCUGGAGUUGGUAUCUCAGGAGGCGCUAAAGUUGGCGCUGACAUUGGAGCGAAGGCGGGAGUUGGUGGUGAUGCGUAUACAAAGGCAAAAGCCGGUGUCGGUGCUGGUGUUGGGAUCUCAGGAGGCGCUAAAGUUGCCAGUGGCAUCGGAGCGAACGCGGGAGUUGGUGCUGAUGCGAAUGCAAAUGCAAAAGCCGGUAUAGGUGCUGGAGUUGGUAUCUCGGGAGCCGCUAAAGUUGGUGCUGACAUUGGAGCGAAGGCGGGAGUUGGUGGUGACAUGAAUGCAAAAGCCGGUAUAGGUGCUGGUGUUGGUAUCUCGGGAGGCGCUAAAGUUGGCGCUGACAUCGGAGCGAAGGCUGGAGUUGGUGCUGACACGAAUGUAAAUGCAAAAGCUGGUAUAGGUGCUGGAGCUGGCAUCUCAGGAGGCGCUAAAGUUGGCGCAGAUAUUGGAGCGAAGGCAGGAGUUGGUGCUGAUGCGAAUGCAAAAGCUGGUAUAGGUGCUGGUAUUGGUAUCUCGGGAGGCGCUAAAGUUGGCGCUGAUAUCGGAGCGAAGGCUGGAGUUGGUGCUGACGCGAAUGCAAAUGCAAAAGCUGGUAUAGGUGCUGGUGUUGGUAUCUCGGGAGGCGCUAAAGUUGGCGCUGACAUUGGAGCGAAGGCGGGAGUUGCUGGUGACACGUAUACAAAGGAAAAAGCCGGUGUCGGUGCUGGUGUUGGGAUCUCUGGAGGAGCUAAAGUUGGCGCUGAAAUCGGAGCGAAGGCUGGAGUUGGUGCUGACGCAAAUGCAAAUGAGAAAGCCGGUAUAGAUGCUGGAGUUGGUAUCUCGGGACGUGCUAAAGUUGGCGCUGGUAUCGGAGCGAAGGCUGGAAUUGGUGCUAACGCGAAUGCAAAUGCAAAAGCCGGUAUAGGUGCUGGUGUUGGUAUCUCGGGAGGCGCUAAAGUUGGCGCUGACAUUGGAGCGAAGGCUAGAGUUGGUGCUGACGCGAAUGCAAAUGCAAAAGCUGGUAUAGGUGCUGGAGCUGGUAUCUCGGGAGGCGCUAAAGUUGGCGCAGAUAUUGGAGCGAAGGCUGGUGUUGGUGGUGGCGCGAUUGCAAAAGCCGGUAUAGGUGCUGGUGUUGGUAUAUCGGGAGGCGCUAAAGUUGGUGCUGACAUCGGAGCGAAGACGGGAGUUGCUGGUGACGCGAAUGCAAAAGUUGGUAUAGGUGCUGGUGUUGGUAUCUCGGGAGGAGCUAAAGUUGGUGCUGACAUCGGAGCGAAGGCGAAAGUUGGUGGUGACACGAAUGCAAAAGCCGGUAUAGGUGCUGGAGUUGGUAUCUCCGGAGGCGCUAAAGUUGGCGCUGACAUUGGAGCGAAGGCAGAAGUUGGUGCUGACGCGAAUGCAAAAGCAAAAGCCAGUAUAGGUGCUGGAGUUGGUAUCUCAGGAGGCGCUAAAGUUGGCGCUGACAUUGGAGCGAAGGCGGGAGUUGGUGGUGAUGUGUAUACAAAGGCAAAAGCCGGUGUCGGUGCUGAUGUUGGGAUCUCAGGAGGCGCUAAAGUUGCCGGUGGCAUCGGAACGAACGCGCGAGUUGGUGCUGAUGCGAAUGCAAAUGCAAAAGCCGGUAUAGGUGCUGGAGUUGGUAUCUCGGGAGGCGCUAAAGUUGGCGCUGACAUUAGAGCAAAAGCGGGAGUUGGUGGUGACGUGAAUGCAAAAGCCGGUAUAGGUGCUGGUGUUGAUAUCUCGGGAGGCGCUAAAGUUGGCACUGACAUCGGAGCGAAGGCUGGAGUUGGUGCUGACGCGAAUGCAAAUGCAAAAGCUGGUAUAGGUGCUGUAGCUGGUAUCUCGGGUGGCGCUAAAGUUGGCACAGAUAUUGGAGCGAAGGCGGGAGUUGGUGCUGACGCGAAUACAAAAGCUGGUAUAGGUGCUGGUGGUGGUAUCUCGGGAGGCGCUAAAGUUGGCGCUGAUAUCGGAGCGAAGGCUGGAGUUGGUGCUGACGCGAAUGCAAAUGCAAAAGAUGGCAUAGGUGCUGGAGCUGGUAUCUCGGGAGGCGCUAAAGUUGGCGCUGAUAUCAGAGCGAAGGCUGGAGGUGGUGCUGACGCGAAUGCAAAUGCAAAAGAUGGCAUAGGUGCUGGAGCUGGUAUCUCGAGAGGCGCUAAAGUUGGCGCAGAUAUUGGAGCGAAGGCGGGAGUUGGUGCUGACGCGAAUGCAAAAGCUGGUAUAGGUGCUGGUGUUGGUAUCUCGGGAGGCGCUAAAGUUGGCGCUGAUAUCGGAGCGAAGGCUAGAGUUGGUGCUGACGCGAAUGCAAAUGCAAAAGCUGGUAUAGGUGCUGGAGCUAGUAUCUCGGGAGGCGCUAAAGUUGGCGCAGAUAUUGGAGCGAAGGCAGGAGUUGGUGCUGACGCGAAUUCAAAAGCUGGUAUAGGUGCUGGUGUUGGUAUCUCGGGAGGCGUUAAAGUUGGCGCUGAUAUCGGAGCGAAGGCUGGAGUUGGUGCUGACGUAAAUGCAAAUGCAAAAGCUGGUAUAGGUGCUGGCGUUGGUAUCUCGGGAGGCGCUAAAGUUGGUGCUGACAUUGGAGCGAAGGCGGGAGUUGGUGGUGACGCGUAUACAAAGGCAAAAGCCGGUGUAGGUGCUGGUUCUGCCGCUGUCGGUGGUCAGCACCGGCCGCGGGAAACAGCAUACACGCCGACGCGGCCGGUCGCCGUUGCAAACCUGACCCCGGCAUCGCCAGCCUGA